AUGCCGUCCAUCUCAGAAGUCGUGGCUCUGUUUGACGCCACCGCCAUCAUCCUUCUGCUCACCACCGUGGUCGUCUUUGUCAUUCCCAUCUUCAUCCUGUUCCCGCCGAUUCCUGUGGAGCGCAGUGAUGCACUGCGGCAAACUCACACCAAACUUGGCAUCCCAGCAUCUCAGAGCAACCUCCGGACUCAGACUUCGCCGGAUCACAACCACCAGCCAGGCAAGGCCCCCAAGAUACAAAGCUUAUACGUAUACCCUGUCAAGUCAUGCCGGGGUAUAGAGGUUGGGCACAGCAAAGUGUUGCCCAAGGGCCUUGAGUUUGAUCGCCUGUUUGCUUUCGCAAGACAGAACCCGAGAGCGACGAAUGCCCCCUUACUAUCUGGAGAAGAGGAAACUCAGCCGAAGAAGCGUCCGCAAUGGGAAGUUAUCACUCUCAGGCAAGUGCCAUUGCUCGCAAAUGUCAAGGUUGACCUUUGGCUCCCGGAUGCUAGCAAGACAAGCCGCCAGCUUGGUAGAGUGGGCGGCCGGUUUAUCGUUAUCAGAUUCCCAUGGAGAGAUUCUGGUCUGAAGGGCAUAAUUCAGUGGACAUCUGCCAAACUGAGCCGUGGCCUCGGCGCCACCCCAGAAAAGGAGUUUAUGUUGUCAAUUGACUUCCCCUCUCCCAAUGAAAUUAAAGCUGCAGGCUACCACUACGAGGAUACUCUGUUUUUCUCCAAGAGCAUCCAUGCGCUGAAUCUGAAAAACGAGGUGCCGCCAGAGUUGGGCGUGUAUCUAGGGGUCGCUGUGCCAAUAAGCAUCUUCAUGGUAGACCCAGCUCAGCGAAGAGAAGUCUUUAGGAAUGCGCCGCGCAAAGAUGAUGUCGGAUACCAGCCUGUCAUUGACUUUCAAGAUGCAUACCCACUACAUCUCCUUAACUUGACGAGUGUUCGCGCUUUAGAGUCCAAGGUUCAAAAGGAUGAAAAUCUCAAGUUUCUGGACGCGCGCCGCUUUCGCCCGAAUAUUAUUGUUUCUGGUCUCAAAGAGUACGACGAGGACGAUUGGCGAAGAAUCGAAUUCUCCCAGCCUCCCCAGAGCGCCACAGUCAAGGUGUCAGGGAGUGUAUUCGACGUCUCCUGUCGCACCGUUCGGUGCAAGUUGCCAAAUGUCGAUCCAGCUACGGGGAUCCGACACAAGGUGGAGCCCGAUAAUUCGCUCAGGAAGUAUCGAAACAUUGAUGAGGGGGCUCCGAAGAGCGGCUGCUUUGGCAUGCAACUCUCCCCCAUAUUUUCAAAGACAGACGACCCAGAAGACCUGGAAUUGUCACUAGAAGUGGGUAUGGAGAUUAAGGUUCUGCAGCGGGGCCCUCAUUUGGCCUUGUAG